AAUUCCUGCGCGCACAGCCGGAAAUCGCACCAUCCUCUGUUUUCUCUCCACUUUUUACUUUAUUUUCGGCUCUCCUCUUCGCCAGGACAUCGGCAGUGGCGGGCGGCUUUCAUAAACGACUCGACAUGCGGUUUAAAUCGGGUUGUUUGGGGGGUAUUUCCUUCUGAGAUGAGGAGGAGAAAGGGAAAGCACAGGCAGCGCCAGCACCAGCAAGGGGAGUGAUGAGUCAAUACAACUAAUAAUUUAAUGGGGACACAGAGGAGGAAAGAGAAAGAAAGAGGAGCUCCGUCCGGACGCAUAUCAAAUGAACAGAACCUCUCCUUUUGCAAGCAGCUUGAUCUAUAUUUUUAGCAAUCCUUAUCUGUUUUCGACAUUGGAAAGUGAAUGACACUUUUUUUUUAACCUGUUUGGGUUUCGCAUUUUGUUUCUUGAUCGUUUCGAGCCCGGUCUACAUGCGAUAUAUGUCGAAUAUUUCAACAAAAUAUGAUUGGACAGUAGGCUAGAGCUCUUAUCGUCCGGUAUGCUUUAAACAUAACACCCGGACUGAUAGAAGCAACGCUGACCUACGAUAGUGCUAUUCACGACUGCCUCUUUAUCGUGGUGGAUUUAGUGUGAACUAAAAAGAACUCGUUGCACUUGUAGGUUGACAAAUAGGCAUGCUCGAGACACUUAUUUAGUUAUUUUUAGGUGAUGGUAUCUUAUUUUAGUCGGCAAGACGGAAAAAUGCGUUUUUUUUACAACGUUUAACGAAUCAGUUAUGUAGCAUAGCCUACAUCAUUAUUGGACUUAAUUGCUUAUCAAUGCAUCCCAGUCUUUUCCGACUUGUCUUGUCUCGACUACACUCGGGUUGUUAUUUUUGUCAGCGUGUCGCCUUUCGAAAGAAGAAUAUAGACUGCAUUUUAGUGUGUUUUAGAAUCCUAUAUGCCAUUCAGAACGCAAAAGCUGCAAACACUGAAGUUUUCUUUUACCUGGCAAAACUUGAAGAAGUCGACUUUCAACAAGACUGCAUUACAUGGUUUCGAGUGGUCACGUGCUGAUUUCCAGGUGAUAGUGAGCAGAGCUGCUGAGAAUGAUGGACCAUCUCAGCGAGGCAUGUCUGGGUAAGGAGAACUGUGACCUGGUCAACAGCAUGGGGGACAGCAAGGCCCCCCCUGCCAAGCUGGCUCGGCUGGAGCAGAACGGCAGUCCCCUGGGUCGGGCCCGGCUGGGCAGCACUGGAGCCAAGCUCUCUGGGGUGCCCUACAAACCUUCGGGACACCUCCUCAAGCCCUGCCACAAAAGGGGCAACAUGCUCCCUGUGUUCUGUGUGGUGGAGCAUUACGAGAGCCCCAUCGAGUUUGACAGCAAGGAGGAGCAUGCCGAGUUUGUGCUCGUCAGGAAAGACAUGCUGUUCAACCAGCUUAUUGAGAUGGCCCUGCUGUCGCUGGGCUACUCUCACAGCUCGGCCGCUCAGGCCAAAGGUCUGAUCCAGGUGGGCAAGUGGAAUCCGGUCCCGCUGUCUUAUGUGACGGACGCGCCGGACGCCACCGUGGCAGACAUGCUGCAGGAUGUGUAUCACGUGGUCACGCUGAAAAUCCAGCUGCACAGUUGUCCUAAACUGGAGGACCUACCACCAGAGCAGUGGACCCACUCUACAGUAAGAAAUGCCCUCAAGGAGUUACUCAAAGACAUGAACCAGAGCUCUCUGGCUAAAGAAUGUCCCUUAUCCCAGAGUAUGAUUUCCUCCAUUGUGAACAGCACUUACUAUGCAAAUGUGUCGGCGGCAAAGUGUCAGGAAUUUGGGCGCUGGUAUAAACAUUUCAAGAAGACAAAAGAUAUGAUGGGCAUGCGCCAACCUUCCCAGCUAGAGGGCUACCUGGGGACGUGUGUCCUCCAUGACAGCCCGCGUGCCAACACACUAGCCGAAAUGGACAGCCUCUCGGACCUAUCCCCACCUGGGUCUAAUCACAACCACAACCACAAUCACAGCCACCUGACCUUCUCCCAGCAGCCCAUUCCAGGCAGCACCGCCGAACAGCCCCCCUCCUCCCCCGUGCCCCCGCUCCCUCCUCCGCCACCCCCCCACGGCGGGGGCCAGGGAGGGGGCCGGCAGCCCCAGCUCCCUGGCCUGCACCACCCAGGCCUGGUCUCCACGCCCAUCAGCCCUCAGCUGGUGAACCAGCAGCUUGUGAUGGCCCAGAUCCUCAACCAGCAGUACGCCGUUAACCGUCUGCUGGCGCAGCAGUCGCUGUCGCAGCAGUACCUCAACCACCCGCCGGUGAACCGCAGUGCUCUGACCAAGCCCCUGGAGCCCCAGGUGGCCUCCAGCACAGAAGUCUCUGCUGAAAUCUAUCAGUGGGUGAGGGACGAGCUGAAGAGGGCGGGCAUCUCGCAGGCCGUCUUUGCUCGCGUGGCCUUCAACCGGACACAGGGCCUGCUGUCAGAAAUCCUGCGGAAGGAGGAAGACCCGAAGACGGCGUCCCAGUCACUGCUGGUCAACCUGCGGGCCAUGCAGAACUUCCUGCAGCUGCCCGAGGUCGAGCGGGACCGCAUCUACCAGGACGAGAGGGAGAGGAGCUUGACCGCCGCUUCCGCAAUGGGCCCCGCCCCGCUCAUCAGCACCCCGCCCAGUCGGCCCGUACAGCCCAGGAGAGAAGACUGUAACAACGUCAGACAGGAGGACUGGAACCCCAGAAUCCCAGUGGGCAUCUCUCCUGUGAAGCCCUCACCCCUUCCAAGCGAAUGGAACGGCAAGACAGAGAGCUGCAUCCUCAACAUCAACUCCUCCAUCUACGAUGAGAUCCAGCAGGAGAUGAAGAGGGCUAAAGUGUCCCAAGCCUUGUUCGCCAAGGUGGCUGCCUCCAAGAGUCAGGGGUGGCUAUGUGAGCUGCUUCGAUGGAAGGAGGACCCCUCUCCAGAAAACCGCACACUGUGGGAGAACUUGUCCAUGAUCCGCCGCUUCCUGAGUCUGGCCCAGGCCGAGCGGGACGCCAUCUACGAGCAGGAGAGCAGCGCAGGACAGCAGCACCACACAGACAGGCCCCCCCACAUGAUGCAUGUGUCCACCGACCCCAUGCAGACCCCAACUCUGAUGUAUAUGUCUACAGACCCACUGCAGUCCCAGCCUCAUCAGCCCCCCCAGCCUCAUCAGCACCACCAGCCCCCCAUGUCUCUCCAGCAUCCCUCCCAGCCUCUGCUGUCCCAGCAGCCCAUGCAACAGCAGCCUCAACAGCAUGCGCCCAUGGGCCCCCGGCUGCCCCCUCGCCAGCCCUCCACAGCCUCCCCGGCGGAGACCGAGGACGAGGGCAGCCGCGGAGGGGCCCAUGCCAAGGCUCGCACGGGCGGAGGAAAAAUCUCCCUAGAGGCCCUGGGCAUCCUCCAGAGCUUCAUCCAGGACGUGGGCCUGUAUCCGGACGAGGAGGCCAUUCACACUUUGUCGGCCCAGCUGGACCUGCCCAAGCUCACCAUCAUCAAGUUCUUCCAGAACCAGCGCUUUUAUGUCAACCAUCCGGCAAAGCCGCCCAAGGAGCCCAGCAACGCCACGAACAGCAGCACCAGCAGCAGCCCAGCCUUCGAGGAAGAGCUGUCGGACUUCAGGGAUGGUGGGGAGCUGCUGAAGGAGCUUGAGGAGAGCACUCAGACCAACAACACCAUCUUCUCCAUCAAGAUGGAGGAACAGCUGGCACAUGCUGAAGCCCAAGCACAAUCAGAGCAUGAGGCCAAGGUGUAAAGCAGGCUCCCAAACAGGGUCUGCUCUCGGAGAAUGGUGAUCUCAUACAGCCACAGACUGUGAGCUAUGCUGAACAAUGGCGCUCCAGAAAAGUAGUGUAUUUAUCAGAGUCCAGACUGAAUGCAUACGAGUAGUGUUUAUCAAUUGCAGACUGACAGGCCAAGCAACAUGUUCUCACACUGGAAAGCCCAUUUUCACAGACUCAGUAAUACGAGAAGUUUAACUUCUUUAUUUUGUACUUGUAUUAUUCACUGUAAAGACUGAUGCACCAUUUAAAUACCUGCACAAAAAAAAAUAUUCUAAAUACAUUGCCGUGGAUAUUUGCUGACUGCACUUGAUGUCUGUUGUUUUACACUGAUCUUCUUUCAUUUUGAGCUACUGAUUAAAUUAAAAAUCCCCCCCCACCCCCACCCCCCGCCCCCCGGAGUUUGAUAGGACUCCGAUAGGUGUUUACGUAUGUGAUGUUAACUGAUUUUCGAAAUGCAUAUGAAACUGAGGACCAAGUGGAUGACAAGGCCUUAAUGACGAGGUACAAAGCCUGGAGCCUUCUGGCAUGUUAGCUAUUAUUUAAAAAAAUAUAUAUAUAAAAUAAAAAAAAUACAUGAUUACGGAUCAUUCAGACUGUGGAAUGCAAUCCAGGAGCAUUACUGAAAAUGGCUCAAUCUUUACAUAUUAUUUGUUAAGGAAUAAAUAUAAAUAUAUAUAAUAAGACAUAUAUUUACUGUAAAAAGAAAUACAGUCUUAAAGAAACUAUGCCAACAAAUGCCUUGUACUAUAUGGCACUGCCAAUGUUAGAUUAUUUUGUGAAACCUUUUUCACUGUAACUUUAUGAUACGCCACACAGUUAAAAAUGUGAAUCACAACCUCUGUUUUAUUUGUUGUCCUACAUUAUUUAUUUGCACUCCAUGCAGUGUUUUUGAUGUAAUUACUUUUUUGGAAAGUUUGUUAUAUACAGUAGCGCUUUUUAAUUUCACUGAUACUUUUCUAUUUAUAAAUGUAAUUUUGAUGGGCAGUAAAAAACAAAGUGUCUUAACGUUUUAAAUGGAAAAUGUGCUUUAAAGGUUGCCUAUAAAACGUGCUGUAUGUCAAGCAACUCAUGCUACAAGCUUCACACUUAAUGUUGUAUGCAAUUUUUACUAUCAUGCAAAUAAGCUUAGGUAAAUGACUAAUCUAUAGAACACAUUAGAGAGAAAAACAUAUGCAAUUUGUGUGAAUAUCGAUGUCUGCGAUGUGUCUUCCUUUGGUUAACAAUCCAAUUCAGAUGCUAUUCCUGUAUAAAUAUUCUGUAUAAAAAGUAUUUCUUUUUUAUGAGUUUAUUUCAAUGAGAACACCAGUUAUUUUGUUACGACUGACUGUUUUAUAAGUGUUUCUCGGUUUCUUUAUGCAGAACAUGUUCUAACUAGGAGUGGGUAUUGAUUGUUAAUGACACAAUUAAACUGUUUGUAUUGUACCAGAGAAUCUCUGCAUUAAUUUGACCUGCCACUAUACCUGAGUUAGGUUAUGUUUUACAUAUAUUUAAAUAAUAAAACAUAGUUCCAAAAAUCACCAGUAAUCAGAUAAUUAGUUAAUUAUUUGUCUACAAAACUAUUGUAAUUGUAAUAUUUGUAAAUUUCACAUUUUUGAAUUUUAAGAUGUAACAAAUUCAACUUUGCUGCAGAAGCACAAAACUCAAAUCUCUUUGAAUUUGAUUUUUUUCUGUCAAGACUGCUGUAUUUGGGCUUUCCUCUUAUGCAUUUUAUUUUUCAUUGCAGUGUGUCUGAAACACUUCAAUGAUUUUAAAUAUAUCUAGGUGUGUUAACACCUGAAUCAUAAAGCCCUCUACAGGGAGGUAACGUGUUAGAACAGCACAGGUGUCCUAACUUCACCUGAACCUCAGGUGAAGUCAGAUGUCUGCUCCAUGAGGAAACACCUGUACCCUGUUCACACCCUUGAAUAUGUGCCAGCCAGUCUGUUUUGCUCUUUUGCCCAAAUAAAAGUCAGUGUGUAAAA